AUGAAUGAAGACGUUGCAAGUGUGGGUGAUAAUCUUGAUGUCACUAGCCUCAGUGAGGAGGAAGAGGAAACAGAUGCACGUCUGCCGGAAAUAAAUGAGGACAAGGAACAUCACGAUGCGGCAAACGGUGGCCACAUUCUCCAGGUUUCAACUAGAUCGUUGAAUGACGAUGACGUUGCUAAUGACGACAGUGAAAUAUUCGAUGGAGUUGAAGCUGAUGGCAGCGCCGACGAUGACGCAAACGAUGACCAGUCAAUGGAGCCCGAGAAGCUAAUCAUCAGGAAAGAAAAAUUAGCAAUAAAAUACAAGAAUAAAAAAAUGUUGGACGCGGCAAUCAAAGAGUACAUCAAGUGUUUGGCACUGGCAAGUAUCAUUUACGAGCAAUCUGACUGGAGACUGUACAAUUAUCGCGUCCUUCUCGCUUUCGCCUAUCAAGAGCUCAAAGGUUACUCAGCUCAAGCUCUGCAGCACUGCAGCGUGGCACAUCUCUUCCUAGCCAACAUACGUCAGUAUGACAUCAAGGAGGAGAGCACGCUGAAGUCUCCGGAUUUCCACAAAUUUCUUUUCAACCUCUACUACACCAGCGGUCUGGCCCUGACUGAAGCUGAAGACUCGCUGUUGAAAGCCAAAAACAUUCUGACAAAUGUGAUCAAAAACAAGCAGAAGAUGGGCGACUGCGAAUCCAAUCUCAUUAUCGCUCUGGCUAGAUUGUACCACAAAUUCGGCAAACCUGACAUGUCUUUGAAGUUUUACGGGAAGGCUGCUGAGAGGGAAAUCGCCAAGAACGGCGAACAUUCUGUGAAAUUAAUAUCUAUCUACCAGAAUCUUGGAAAAGUCGAACAGACUCGAAACUCCUCUGUGAACCACGAACGAGCCAUUGAAUAUUUUUUAAAGGCGCAUGCUGUCGCCGGCCACAAGUGA